GCAAAGUGAAAAAGAAAGACAGUCUCUGCCUUGGGUGGCGAUUUUCAGAGACGUACGUCUUUAAGCUGGGUAGAGCCAGCUGAAUAGCAAUGGGAGAUUUUCUCUCUAAUUGGGUAUGGCUGGAAACUCCCCUAAGCUCUGAAGUUUAAACAGCCCCAGGGAACCUGCCUAUGCUGGGUGGAGGCUGCGUUAAGGUCAGGAGGGAUCCAGGAGCUCGGAAGCAUGUCGGGGAAGCCCAGGCUUACCUACCUUAAUGGGAGGGGGCGAAUGGAGCCCGUACGAUGGCUGUUGGCAGCAGCUGGUGUGGAGUUUGAAGAAAUUUUUUUGGAAACAAGAGAGCAGUAUGAAAAGCUAAUCAAAGAUGGAGUCCUGAUGUUCCAGCAAGUGCCCCUGGUUGAGAUUGAUGGGAUGAAGAUGGUGCAGACCAGAGCCAUCCUCAGCUACAUAGCAGGGAAAUACAAUCUCUACGGGAAGGACUUGAAGGAGAGAGCCCUGAUUGACAUGUACGUGGAAGGAAUAACAGAUCUGAUGCAAAUGAUUUUGAUGUUUCCUUUCUCUCCACCUGAGGCAAAGGAGAAAAAUAUUGACUCAAUUAAGGAGAGGGCAACUAACAGGUACUUCCCAGUCUUUGAAAAGGUUUUGAAACAACAUGGCCAAGACUUUCUCGUGGGCAACAAAUUCAGCUGGGCAGAUGUUCAGCUAAUUGAAGCCAUUUUAGCAGUGGAGGAGAAAAUACCUGCUGUGCUGUCGGGGUUUCCUCAGUUGCAGGCUUUCAAAAAAAGAAUGAGCAAUAUGCCUACAAUCAAGAAGUUCCUGCAGCCUGGCAGCCCAAGGAAGCCCCCACCAGAUGAAUGUUAUGUAGAAACUGUGUUGAAGGUUUUUAAGAAAUGAAUGCCUUGCUACCUUUAGUGAGAUCCAAAAUACUGCGGGGUGGGGGGGGGGGAACCAGAACAAAACCCCAAAACCCAAACCCUAAACCAAAGGAAGUAGAAAGCUCAGUAAAUUAGUAUUGUUGUAGUUAAAACAAUGGUAAAAACAAACAAACAAAAAAAACCAACCUGAAAUAAAGCAUUCUGAUUACUCUGGAAAUG